GAAAAACUGAAUAAGUUUUCCAAAACCGGAAUAAUAUCAAAUACUUAUCUCACCUACAACACCACAAGAUUCCAGGAUUUCCAUCACAAUAGAGGUGAAAAUCAAUACAAUAACAGAGUUCAUAUGCGCAUAUACACCUCAAGAAUCUCACUUGUCUCUUUGGAAUAUCUCAUAUGGAGUAUAAAGGUUCCCACACCUACUUUAUGAAAUAAUUGACGUUCCUAAAUGACAAGUAAUUGAAAUAAUACACCAAUCACAUCUCAUAUAUCAUCAAAUACCCGAUUAUAUUAUAUACUAGUGCAAAAUAUGCAUUCCAUAACUAUCAUUUAAUACAGAGUAUAAUACAAUGAAUAAAUCAUUGAUGAUAACUGACUUUGUAAGUGUAUAUUUUUAACUUUUAUGAAUAGACUUGAUUAACCUCCUAGGGCUAGAGGGCUUACGCUAUGACAGAUCCAUCGCACAUUACGGCAGCGCAGCCACCACCGGCCAAUCCUCCCUUAGUCAUCCAAAACUUUUGCAGAUGUAGUAGCCAAUCGUUUGUAGGUUUCCAUAUCAGCGAAUCAUUCACGCUUUAAAAGAAUGUCAGCGAUAACCUUCUCGGACAAGGAUAUCCAAACCCUUGCUGAGGGCCACAAGAGAUCUCUGAUCAGUUAUUUUUACAAAGGGAAGGCCAAGUAUGGAAAAUCUGCGUAAGGCUUUUGAACUGAUUGGAUUUAAAGGUACAUUUCAUUUGGGUCUUUUAGAAAAGAAACAUGUUCUAAUCAAGUUUCAUAUGGAGGAAGAUUAUAUUACCUACGGUGUUGGAAUCGUCAAGCUUGGAACAUAUUUGGGUACACAAUGAGGGUGACUAAAUGGACCCCUGACUUUCGCCCAAACGUGGAAUCCCCUGUAGUUCCCGUUUGGAUCGCAUUUGAGGAAUUACGUAUACAUUUACACAAUAAAAGGGCUCUGUUUGAAAUUGUUAACCUAAUUGGUACCCCUCUCAAACUAGACAUAGUUACGGGUAAUCUUUCAAGACCUAUAGCUCGCAUUUGUGUGGAGCUUGAUCUCACAAAGGAGAUGCCAAAUAAAAUUUGGAUCAACUGCGGAGCCUCUGGGUUUUCUCAAUCAGUAUGCUAUGAAAACAGACCAAUGUACUGUGUUCAUUGUCUGCAUUUAGGACAUUUGGAGGCUAAAUGUCCUAAAAGGGAACAAUCUAAAGAAACCUCACAACACAAAGACAGAUGGGUUGUUAAACCCAGUGCUUCACAGAAUAUUAACAUACAUGGAUCUACCAAAUAUACUGCAGAGGAGAAAGGAAAAGGACAACUGAUUACAACAGAUAACUCAUUGAAAGCCACAAGCGAAAAAGAAAGGGCAGCUGCUCCGCUAAAUAUGGAUUCAGACACUGAUGUUGAAGAGAUUAUAAUGGAGCAACCACAUACACUUCUGCCUGCCUCAGAAGCUGGGACUUCUCAAGAACCAGCAAGUGAUCCUAGAAUAGCAGAUAACAACUCAAUUACUACCAAGACUAAUAGAGGAAAAGAAGGUGAGCCAGUGAAAUCCAAUUACUCCACCCAGGAACUCUUACACAUGGAAAUUCCUGGACUGGUACCUUCAUGUAAAGCUGACGCUGUCUCAUUAUCAGAUGACUCUAAGCUUCAUCAUAUCAGGUUAUUUAAAAAAUGUAUAUGCACAACUACAUGCAUGCUUAUAGUGCAUGUCAAGGUUAUAAAAGGUUCAAAUUAAAUAUUAUAUUAAAUGAAAAAAGAUAUGUAAAGUGCAAAAUGCUUCUUGGGUAAGUGCAUGUUCUUAAUCCUUGAAAGCAUUAAGUUUUUUCUGUACAUUCCAACUAUAUAUACUACACAAUACCUGAUCAAUACUUUAUGUGUAUGCACUUUAAUAAACAUGUUAUUUUUAUCUAUACGGAUUGAAAUAUCUCUCAUUUUAAUUUCUGAAAAUUCAUAUUUUGAACUUAAUGCUUAUAACUACAGUGAAAUUAGUAUUUAUAAUAAUUAAUUUAAAUGAUAAAAGUAUUACAUUCAAGUGUAUAUAUAUUUCAGCCGAUUAUAAUUAGAACUUAAACUGUAGUUCAUUGUUUAUUUUUUGUUACCACUGUGGGUAUUCUAUACUUCAAUCUAAUACUUUGAAGUAAAAGUUAAUAUUAAUAUAGACCUCCUUGUGAAACCAAUUUCUUAAUUAGUAGGAUUUGAUUUCUUUCAGCUUUGAAAAUGUAAUCUUUAACUACAAUGAAAUGUCAAUGUAUUACAAUUAAGAAAGUUGAUGUGAUUUAUCUGGAAUAAAAAAGUGCGGAAAACUUUUAUCUACCAAAAUUUUGAAGUAAAUUUUAUAACAACUAUCAACGGAAGUAAUUUUCAAUGAAGUUUUUCCUAAAGUAUUACUAAUAAAAAAGUCAUGGAUAAAAAAUGUGACUUGGUAACAAUUAGUAGUUACUACGAUAUAAACUUUGAACACAAUUAUAGUAACUAAUGGUUACUAAGUUACAUUUUUGUCCAUAACUUUUUCAGGAGUAAUAUUAGUGUAAUUUUUUGUCUUUUAAUACUUAAAAACUAUAUUUUACUAUGAAAUUAGAUCUUGCGCCUCAUUUUAAGCAUCUCUCGAAAUUGGCGCCUCAGUACUCAACGUAAUUAAAUUGAUUGGAGUUCCUAUAUAUUAUGCUAAUGAGAAACAUUGAUCAAUCUUCUGGAGUAUGUAAUGAGACUUGCAUCAUUGUUUUUCGGAUGAGUAAAAUGUUUUGAAGGCAAAAGUUAUACUAGUAUUUCGAAAACAUAUUGGGCAAAAGUUUUGAUCCCAAGGUUAUCUUUGGGCACGUAAGAUUGUAAAAGUUCUGUCAAGUUUCAAUCAAUGUAUAGUAGGCCACUCCGAGUCAUCAUUUCAUUUGUCAUGAUGGUCAACAAAAACUACGGGCAAUCUUUACAUAAAAUAGACAUAUAUCUUACAAAUACUGUUAUCUUACGCAGAGACUAAUGUAAUUUUCCAUUUCAAGGGUCCCCUCAAGAAGAAAAUAGAAAAUUCUAAUAUGCAAUCUUAAGAGGUGUGUAGUGAUGACUACUAGUGGUGUAAUCUAUAAAGAAAUUUUACAUAACUUAUGAUAUUUUUUGUGCACGUACCACUAAAAAGAGAUUUUCCAAUUUCACAAAACCUAGGGAUGAUCAACAAAAUAAACACUCCACAUUGUACUAUCAUGACGUUUUAAUUGUCAUGUACAAUUUAUUCUUACGACACGUAUUUUUGUUAACUUUAUUUACAAUUCUUC